GACCUGCUGGACACAUGGUAUCCGCAGUAUCUGCGCUGCACGCAGUACUUCCUCGAGCAAGGCCAAUUCUCGCCCGCGGUCCUAUCGCUAGCCGCGUUUCUGAACAUCCCAACAGCAACAGCAACAGCAACAGCAGCAGCAGCUCACGUGCAGCUGCGGCGGUACAUCCGACGACUCGUGGUGACGGGGCACGACAGCCCGGAGGUGCUGCAGGCCUUCUUCGGGGCGGGGUGGGCGGGCGGGGUGGGGUGUGUGGUGCAGCAGGAGCGGCAGACCUACCUGUUUACGGCGAAGAGCAGCGGGUGGGCGGCGACCAAAGCGGCGUACGACCUGCCGCCGGACGAGCAGACGCCCUUCCUGCGUCCGUUGCGGGCGCCGGCGGAGGAGGAGCUGCGGCUGGCGGAAUCGCGGUGGAGUGACUGGUUGGCGAUGGAGGAUUGGAUGGUGGGGCCUCGGAGUCCGUGG